AUGGGCGGCGCGCACGGACCCAACUGCGCAGAGACGCUGCGGCGGCAGGCCGGCAGCUCGCCCGAGCGCCGUCGAGACCUCGAGACGACCACGACUUCUUCAUCUACCUCUGGCGCCGAUGCGCAAUCGGCACAGGACCAGGCCAAUGCCACCAAAGCGUCGAAUCCAUUAAGGGAGCAAUGGCUGGAUCCCAACACCACGACGCUAUUGUGGGCAGAGAGGCGGCUGUUGAAGGAGGGCACAGAACCCAUAGGAUCACGAAGAAGGAGAGCGGCAGUACGGCAGUCGCCAAAUAUACCUUUCGAACAAUUACCUUACCACUGCUUCCAAGAGGCCCGGAAAGUGCUAGCCGAGGAUCGCGCAGAGAAGCUGGAGCAAUUAAAGAAGACAUCUGCCGAGGUCGCGAAGCUGGAACAGAGGUCGCCUGAUGCGUAUAGGGGCGGAGAACAAUUCAAGCAAAAGAGCUUGGAAUCGAAGCGCAGUCAUCUGGAAUAUCUCAAAAUUCAAGCCGACAUCAACGACCCGGCUGUAAGGAGAAAAUUCGAGGACGGCCUAGCGGACUUGAGCAAGCCUAUUUACCGCCACUUUGCCCAUGAGAAAUGGCUUGGCAUGUCCUACAAAAUCCUCGCCCAACGAGUGCAGCAAUUCCACAUUGUUCCGGAUGUCCUGCCACGGUUCGAGCCCAAGAUGGACGUGCAACUCUCCUUCCACGGCUACAAGGUCACUCCGGGUGAAACAGUCGACUCCCUGGUCUCCGAGGCACCCCCCAACCUACGCGUGCAGACGUUCGAUAAUAAGGAGCGGCUCGUGAGCGUAGUCGUGCUGGAUAGCGACGUGCCAGACCCCGAGAAGGACGCCUUCGGCCCGCGCUUGCACUUCAUGGCCGCAAACGUGCCUCUCAACUACCUCACCAAGAACAUCUCUCUGAGCCGCCUCUCCGGCAACAAGGAGCAUCUUGCCGUUCCCUGGCUCCCACCGACGAGCCAGGAAGGUGCGCCGUACCACCGGCUCUCGGUGUGGCUCCUGGAGCAGCACGAGGGCCAGAAGCUGGACGUCGAGAAGCUGAAGGAGGCCUACUCCAAGCGGGACGGCUUCAACCUGCGGAGCUUCCGCGGCGAGCACAAGGCGAAGCCGUUCGGGUUCAACAUGUUUCGGGCCGAGUGGGACGAGGGCACGGCCAAGGUCAUGGAGAGGCACGGCAUCCCCGGCGCCGACGUCGUGUUCAGGCGGAAGAGGGUGCACAGCCUCAAGCCCCCGAAGAAGGCGAGAGGCUGGGAGGCGAAGAGACAGGGCCCCAAGUACAGGCAACUCUGGAAGUACACCAAGAGGAUCGGGCGCAUGUCUGGAGGCACGUAG